UCAACAAUGACUUCAUUAAUAUGAUGCCCAACAUGGUCAGCACAACUGGACUUGCCUGCUCCAUUCCAACACUGGAUAUAUGACUUUUCCUUUUGGAUUUAAUUCUUUUAAAAUCUGUGUUUCUGUCUGUACCUACAUCACUUCUCAAGGGUAACAUGGAAGUUUGCUAAAGUUCCCUCCAUCCCUCCAUCCAAGACUUCAGACCCCAGAAACAUGUUGAUCACAAAGAUUGAAGCCAAGGAGGCCUGUGAUUGGCUGCGAGCGGCCGGCUUCCCUCAGUAUGUGCAAUUAUUCAAAGACUGCAGGUUCCCCGUUGACACCGAGUGGGCGAAGCUCGAUCACCGCUUCCUGGAUAAGGAUGCUCUCGAUUCACUCUGCAGGAGAUUAAUCACUUUAAACAAAUGCGUGGAAAUGAGGCUGGAACCGCGGAGAUCAAGACGCAGGGGAGACGAGUAUGACGAGGAAGACUUCUGCGCCAUCAGCCCCAACUGGACCUACGACAGGCGGACACGGCGGUGGCGACGCCUCGACUCCACCGCGGACAUGCUUCGCUUGACUGACAGCCCCACCGGACCCCAGGAUGUCUCUCUGUGUGACGUCAGAGACCGCCAUGAUUUCUGCUCCAUCCACAGCUCCAGCAGCACUGACAGCGAAGGCCACGACGGACAACGCAAGAGUCGCGGAGAAGCCGCUGCCGUCACGAACACUCCUGCAGCCACCGCCGCCAUCACCACGGACGACCAGGAGACCAGCAGGAGCUCCUCCCGCUGCUCCUCCACGAACAAGACCCCCUCCCUUGACACCUCGUUCAGUGGACCCCCCUCCUCUGGUGAAAGUGGUGGGGGAUCGUCCACCAUGAGUCUGGAAACCGAGGGAUGCUUCCCAGACAAACCGCCGAGGAAGAAGUGCACCAGUCUGCUGAGGAAGAUGGAGAAACUGAGGCUGAGGGGGACGACCGGACUGCUCCCCUCUGUUCACAGUAGUGGAAGCAGCAGAGGCAGUCAGGCCCGGCAUGUUAUAAACGGGCCGGUUCUGAUCCAAGAGGAGGAGAGGCUGCGUUGCCCAUCAAGUCUGCAGGGUCGACCCAACAGCCGGGUGUCUUCCUCGCCCUCGUCUCCCCACACCAUCAGCAGCAGCAGCAGUAACAGCCACUCAGAGAGCAGCAGCACCGUCAGCACGCCCAGCCCGGUCACCCGGGUCAGGAGUAACUGCAAACGCUCCAAUAGCGGUGCCGGGGUCAGUAGUGGAGCGACCCGGAACAGCCAGAGCCACACGGGAACAGAGGACUACAGGAACCAGAUUAACAACAACAACAGCAGCAGCAGCCACGAGAGCCUGGUCUUCCAAAUCCCCCACGGACACAAACCGGGGACCUUCCCCACCUCCCUCGCACACAAACACGCCAUCCUGUCGCCCAUCAUCGACAACACCUCCGUCAACUGGAGGACCGGGAGCUUCCACGGUUACCGGGGGCGGAACAGUUGCCGCCGCGGCGCUUCUUCACCGGCCACCGGUGACCAGGGCCCCUCGUCCUCGCCUUCCUGCGGCGCGGCUGCCCCCAGUCCGCUCGCUGUGCUGGAUCAUCGGCUGAGUGUCUACGACAACGUGCCCGAUGAGCAGCAGCCGCCUGAAAGUGAAGGUGGCUGUGGCGGAAGUGGCAGCGAUGCGGAACGGAUGGGUGAGGAGUCAGAGGUGAGUCGGCUGUUGGCAGGUGGGGACGUUUUCUCCGCUCUGGACAGUGUUUUGGAGAGGAUCAGCGACCUCCAGCAACUGGUCUCCACCUGGUCCGAACAACUAUCUGAGGACGACUGCCAGCGAGGUUCCUCCUCCUCGUCUUCCUCUUCUUCCAGCCAGGACUCGCCUGUCCACUGCUCCUCAGUCGCCUCCCCCUGCCCGUCCUCCCCCAGCCACAUCCACCUGGAGGUGCAGCAUCCAGAGGAGGCGCAAGAGGAGGAGGAAGAGGAGGAGGAAGAGGAGGAGGAGGAGGAGGAGGCAGAGAGCUGUGAGAAGGUGCCGGUGGAUGGAGAGGAGCCGAAGUCAAGAUCACCACAACCCAGGAGCAGCAGAGUGAGCCAGCAGCUGCACUGGUCCAGCGAGCAGAGCCUGCCCUCCCUGCCCACCAGUCCAGGGGUGGAGAACCAGUCUGUCUCCCAGUUCCUGCUGCUGCAGAAACUCUCCCUGCUCAAACUCACCGCUCUGAUGGACAAAUACUCCCCGUCCAGCAAGCAGGGCUGGAACUGGACUGUUCCUAAACCGCCGAGGAAGACCAAGGUAACGGAGGUGAAGGGCCGGCGGGUGUUCGGAGUACCUCUGCUCCUCAGUGUCCAGCAGACAGGCGAGCCGCUUCCUACCAGCAUCCUCAGAGCCCUGGUCUACCUGAGGACCAAAUGUCUGGACCAGGUGGGUCUCUUCCGGAAGUCGGGGGUGAAGUCUCGUAUCCAGUACCUCCGUGAGCUGGUGGAGUCUGACCCUGACGGCAUUUCAUACCAUGGUCAGUCCGCCUUCGACGUCGCCGACAUGGUGAAGCAGUACUUCCGAGACCUGCCCGAACCCAUCUUCACCAGUAAACUCUGCGAGUCCUUCCUGCACAUUUACCAAUACUUUCCCAAGGACCAGCAGCUGGUUGCCGUUCAGGCGGCCAUCUUGCUGCUUCCUGACGAGAACAGGGAGGCUCUGCGAACGCUGCUCUUCUUCCUGCAGGACGUGGUGGCCUGCGUGGAGGAGAACCAGAUGACUCCAACCAACAUCGCCGUCUGCCUGGCGCCGUCACUUUUCCACCUCAACACCCUGAAGAGAGACGCCAACGCAGCCAGGUCGGGUCACAGGAAGUACAGCCUGGGCCGCCCGGACCAGCGGGACCUGAGUGAGAACCUGGCUGCCACGCAGGGCCUGGCCAACAUGAUCACAGAGGCCCAGAGACUCUUCCAGCUUCCAGAGUUUUGGCCCGGUCAGUGUCUGAGUGCUGCGGGCCCCACUGAGGACUCCCUGUCUGAGGAGGGUGGAGGCCUGUUGUCCCCCAGUCCGAGCAGAAGCGAGGAGGAGCAGGAGGAGAGAAGGAUCAAGCUGCUGCGGAGCACCCAGCGCCUCCUGAAGGAGGCCAGGGAGAAGAGCCGAGGCUGGGAGAGCCACCCGGCUCCAGAGCAUGUGGAGCUGGCCUUUAAAAAGAUGGACGACGGCUGCCCGCUGUGGAUGUGGCGAGGCUCCGUGGAGGUGGACGCCCCCCAGAAGGAGCUGCUCCACCGGCUGCUGCGGGAGCAGGAGCUGUGGGAGGGAAACCUGCGCCAGGCCGCCAUCAUCCAGUCCUUGUCCAGGGACACCGAAGUCUUCCACUACCUCCACCAGAGCCAGAGCGAUGGCCCAGUCUCCCGGCCCCCCCAGGAGCACCUGCUGCUCAGGACCUGGCAGGCAGACCCGUCCUCCGGGCCUCUGUACCUGUCCUCCGUAUCCACGGAGCACCCCGAGGCGCCGGUGGAGGGGGUCAGGGCUCAAGUCCACUGCUGCCUCUACCUGCUGGAGCCCACGGGAGCCAGGAAGACCCGGCUGACGCACCUCUGUCGGACCGACACCAGGGGUCGGUCGCAGGAGUGGCACAGCAAAGUCAGCGGACACCUCCUGGCCUCCGGUCUCCUGGCCAUCAAGGACUCCCUCAGGGCAGACUACAAGGAGACCAAGAUAUGAGUCGGCGCGGGGCUGGAGGGCGAGGACUUGGGAUGACUCGUGGAUUUUGGACUCGUCUGGAUGCUCCCCUUCGACUCCCAGUCUGGUUGCGGAAUGCGGGAAGAGAGGAGACCAGGGCAUCGUUUUCACGGGACUCUCUCCGAGUUCAGAAAGCAAAACUCGGGGCUCAGAGCACGGCCAGCGGGGAAGGUGACCUGCGAGGGCUUCCCCAAACCAUUUGCUUCUUUGGCUUCUAUUGGAGUAGCUGCAUGUGUUCGCUUUUUUGUUAGUGACCUUGCAUUUUGCCGGCGGCAUCCCUGCACUCCCUGCUGCAAAUUUUACGUGUCACACUUUAGUUCAACAAAAAAAAAAAGGAAAAAAAAAAAAAAAAGCUUUGACAAAGAACGUUUGAUUCGGGGGUGAAAGGCCGAGGCCUGAUGUGACCUCUCGAAGGCCGAGAUGAGGCGAGUGGACAGUGUCUUAAAAAACUCUUUCCUGUAGCAGGGCAAAAAAGGCAGGGGAAACACAUGGCAGCUGCGUGGACGAAGACAGGAAAUGAGGAGAAAAAACAUCAGGAAACAGACUUUUAAGCCACCAGACGUUUGGCUUCAGUGGGAAGAGGAAGAGAAAAAAAAAGGGAAGAGGGGAGAGAGAGAGAGAGAAAGAGACAGAGAGAGAGAGAGAGAGAGGACGGUGAAAAAGCAGGAUCGCUGUUUCAAACAGGAACCAAGCAGUGUCACAGAAAGAAACGCGACACAGCGGGCCGCUCGGUGGCAGGAUGUUGUCUGGAGUCUGAUGUGUUGACAGAAAAAAGAAAAAAACAUAAAAACAAAAGUCGCAUCGAUACCAGGGGAGGCUUCUUCAUCUGCAGCUGUGUAUGUUCAGAGACAAUUAUCCACGCGGCAAAGCGGAUGAACUGAACGGAGCUCGAGGUGAAAUUAAAUCACACAGAGACAUUUUCUUUCCAAAUCAGAGAAAAGCGUUUUCCAUUUAGACGUGGCUCCGAGCAGCUGGAUCCAGCUGUGACGAGGAUUUAGCACGACGCCACAGACGGUUGUGGACAGUCAUUUAUUCUUUGCUUUCCAAUUCGCCCCUGUGACUUCGACCCGCUCUGUAACGGGACGCACGUGUGCGACAGUUCAAAGACGAGCGAUAUCUACCUCUCCACGGGACGACGCCACACUCGCGUGACUUUGAAUUCACAAAGUUGUGAAUCGACGGAGGCCUCGCCGCGUGGCGGGGGACGGGCCUUUUGUUUGCUUCCUGGCGCUGUGACGGAGAUCCAACCGGACAAGUCCCCGAAAUUUCCGACAUCUGUAUUUAUUUUUUUGUGUCUCUGUGUCCACGUGCCUCUGUGCUUGUACAGUCUCGUGUCGUGUGGCGCUCGAGUGCUGCUUCAUUUUCCAAAGUCGGCUCGUCCUGCGUAUUUCGAAGUGUCUUUGUUGUGAAAUGGGGCAGAUGUGCAAGCAAGUGUUCAUAUGUCACUUUAAUCCAUCAAACGCCAUAAUUCAGAUUAUUUAACUUAAUGUAUAUCUAAGUAAAAAUUUCUUAUAUCCAGAUACGUUUAUUUAAUUUUGAGCUGUCAGAAAAUCUUAUCUUGUGUGUGUGUGUGUGUUUGUUUGUGUGUGUGCGUGUGAAAUCUAAAUGUAUCAGUGCCAAACAUCUAAUUAAAAUUUUUAUUUCUCCCUC